AUGCCACCGAAAUUUCGUGUCGAUCUUUACUACGACAUCAUCUCCCCAUAUGCUUGGAUCAAUUUUGAGGCCUGGCUGCGCUACGCAAAGAAAUGGCCUGUCGACCUGAACUUGAGGCCCUUCUAUUUGCCGGGGAUUUUUCAAAAGACGGGCAAUAUUCCACCAAUCUCGAUCCCCCACAAAAACGAGUACCUGGAGAAGGACCUCGAGCGUCUGAAUGAAUACUGGGGCACUGGGCUGGUCUGGCAUGAGAAAUUCCGCACCGAAACUCUGAAGAAAUCUUCGAUUUAUGCUCAACGCUUUUUGGGAGCCGUGCAGCUGUAUGAACAGGAUAAGCUGAUCCCGGCGAGUCGAGCUUUCUGGCGUCGUGGCUGGGUUGACAAGCAAUCGGUGUAUACGGAUCAGGAUGUCCUUGAGGUCGCUAAGAGCAUCGGCUUGAAGUGCGAAAAGCGGAUCCUCGGCUCGCUGAAAACUGAAGAAGUCAAGAACCACAUCAUCGACAACACCAAUCAUGCGCUGGCUGAUAAGACCCUCGGAUUGCCGUACCACGGCCCGCUGAAGGAACUCGCCGACAGCACU